GAGCAGAAGUAAACACACGACGAGACUGUGUAUUUUUCUGACUAUUUCUUCUGUUUGUCCUUUUUCGUGCGUAAUAAGAACAUCUUCAAGUUAUUUGCUACUCCUGCCGUCGUUAUCGUUGGAAAAGUAGUCCGGGAAAGUGGGAUACCGUGGUAAAUCGCCACACGAAAAGCGAUCUACAACACUGAACCCAGAACCUGUAAAUCCUGUCUAGAAAGGAAAUCGCACCGUAACUAUCCCGGCAAGGCCGCACCCAAGACUACGGUGAUCAGUCACCAAAUGAACUGAAAAUAUUGCACCUAUUCGGAUUACCUCACCGCGAUGGCCGCGGAUAUGUUGGUGGAGCCAAUCCUUGCCACCGGCGGCUACGAUCACACUAUCCGGAUAUGGCAACCCUACACGACUACCUGCCUGCGGACGAUGCAACACACGGACUCGCAGGUGAACUCGCUGGAGAUCUCGCCCAAACGCAAUAUCCUGGCCGCCGGCGGUUAUCAGCACAUCCGGCUGUAUGAUAUGCACUCGAACCACCCGAUCGUGAAUUUCGAGGGUGUCGCCAAGAACGUGACCCAGGUGGGCUUCGAGGAGGAGGGCAAAUGGAUGUUUACCGGCGGUGAAGACGGGAAGGUGCGCAUCUGGGACAUGAGCUCGGCGAAUCCCUCCUGCAAACGCAUCUUCGAUUGCCAGAGUCCGGUGAAUGCGGUUUGCCUGUUACCGAACCAGGUUGAGCUGCUGAUGGCCCACGAUGGUGGUGGUAUCUAUCUGUGGGACGUGAAAUCCGACCAGCACGAGCACCUGAUGCCGGAAGUGGAGUGUUCGAUGCAGGAUGUGGCCGUGAGUCCGAACGGUGCGUUCAUGGCAGCGGUAACGAAUCGAGGAGGAUGCUUCAUAUGGACUCUAUCCAGCUGGAACGAACCGUUAGGAACGGCUUCCACACUAACCCGCUGGCAACCGCAGCAUAAGAUACAGGCACACGAACGGUAUGCCCUACGCUGUAAAUUCAGCCCCGAUUCGAGCAUGUUGGUAACGUGCUCCGGUGACGGUACGGCGCGAAUCUACAACACCGAAGGAUGGACACCGAGAGCCGUUCUGCGUAUUGAAAAGGGCUGGAUCUGGGAUGCUGCGUUCAGCAACGAUUCCAAGUACAUCUUUACCGCCUCAUCCGAUCACAUGGCACGAUUAUGGCGCAUAGACAAUCAGUCGGUCGAGCGAGAGUACAGCGGUCACGCCAAGGCUGUGACCGCCCUGGCAUUCCUCGAUGUUUCCGGCAGCGGUGGUGGAACACCGACUGAUGCUGCCACGAGUCACCCCGGCAAAGGAGGUUGAAAUGUAUGUCAGGAUUAAUAAAUAAACGCGCCUAGAGAAGAAA